GAGAGGGGGUCUCCGGGCUCCUGGUCUCUCCCGCCACCGCCACCGCCACGGCCACCGCCACCGCGUGUGCUAGGCGCCCGAGCUCUGAGCAUCAGUCGGUGUGCGAGGCCCAGCAGAGGCAGGGGCUGGGCGUCUUGUCUGCCGUCCGUCGCUUUCUGCAGGAGCAGAGGUGGGGCGGAGGGGCGGAGCCGCCAUGGCCGUGGCGCUGUGGGUCUUGGUGACCGCGGGCGAGGCGGCGGACCCCGGCGUGGCGACGCCCCGGCGCUGCCUCCUGUCCCACUACCGCUCGCUGGACCCCAGGGCGCUGGCGGCCGUCAAGGCGCUGAGGGACCGCUACGAGGAGGAGACGCUGAGCUGGAGGCCGCGCAACUGCUCGUUCCGCCCCAGGAGGGAUCGUCCGCGGCCCUGGUCGUGCGCGCGCCUCCGCGUUGUGGUCCGGGACCUGGCGGACGCCCAGGCGGUGCUGAGCCGCUUGCCGAGCCCUGAUCGGUUCCCCGGCACCGGCCCGACCCUGGAGCUGCUGGCGGCCGCGCGACGGGACGUGGGGGCCUGCCUCGAGCUGGUCCGGCCGGGCUCGUGGAGGAAGUCCCUGCGGCCACCGAGGAGGCGUCCCCCAACACGGAGAGCUGACUCGCCUUGGUGCCACGAAGCCAGCGUCAUCUUCAACCUCCUGCGCCUGCUCACGUGGGACCUGAAGCUGGUGGCGAACUCGGGGCCUUGUCUCUGAUCCCCGCGGCGGCUUUACCUGGGACCCGCGGGUCUGCAGGCGGCCGGCUGCGGGGGGCUGCCUUCUGCUGGCCCCCUGGCAGGCGGGUGUCUCAGCCAGUGGGCACUGAGGCUCCGGGGACUCAGCGUGCGUUGGCCGGACCUCUACCCACCUGCCCUGAGGGCCAGAGGGGCGGGUGUUUUUCGCAAGACCAGACCGAGUUCCCCCGGGGUGCAGCGAUAUUCCCGUGGGACGAGAUGUCAAUGAUCCUCCAGGCGUCUGGUAUGGCUGGAAGAGGCGAUCGAUCAUGGAGUCUGCCUUGGUCACUGACCCCCGCCCCCCCCCACCACCACGUACCAGCGACCCGUUUCUCCUUCUGUGGUUACCAGAACCCCAGAGGUCCUCUUCCAGGACAGGUCCCACUCCGGAUUUGGAUCUUCAGCUCCCACUUCGAGAUUGUAUUAAUCUAUGACUCUUGAAUCUCCCCAGCGAGGAGGCCCCAUACAUUCCCUGAGGGGUUUGGUAGGGAAAGGUCCUAAAGUUCUUAAGUUAUUGUAGUUUUUGGAUUCUGUUACUUAUGGAU